AUGUACAAAAUGUUUGUACCUGUGUGUGCCCAGGCUGGCAGCAGGGCGCGGGCCACAGUGGCUCCUUUACCCCCGUCCUCCAGCCCUUCAUCGCUCUCUUCCUCACUGGGACCCCCUCCUGUCAAGGUCUCCCGUCCCGCUCUUACCUUCCUCAGCAGCAGCAGCUGGGGGGAUGACAGACAAGCCCCCACCCCUUGUGUCAGGGCCCCAAGACACAAGCGCAUCGGGAACAUCCUCCUGGAGCCACGACUCGGUGAAGACGAGCAGGCAUGA